AUGACACAGCACGCAUCGCCGCUUCCACACACGGCCAGCCACCCCGCCGCUGUCGCGGCCAAGAUGUCGCCCACUUUAAGAACAACCGAAACACCCGUCCGCACCUCGUCGCCGCCCCCGACGCCGUCGCCGCCCCCGACGCCGUCGCCGCCGUCGCCAUAUGGGGCGGAGACGACAUCACCACAGGUAGAGGAAGGCACGCCCAUCCAGCCCCUGUGCGCCACAUUUCGACCUAGUCUGGCAGACCACCGGGUUGUCGACGCCGUGCCACAAGGCACCGAGGCGGACUUGACAGCCACGACGACGCCGCCGCCGCCGACGCCGCCCCCAACUGCCGUGAAGGCUCACGGGGGGGGGCCAGACUCGACGGUGCUCGAUGGGAAGCUGGAGGGUGUGUAG